CACACUCAGUGGAUUGGUCCUUUUGGGGCCCACAAAGAAACCCCAGUGAAAAACAGGACGGAGUCCAGAUUGAGUGUUUUCCUGUUGUUUCACGGAUUCCCAGACUGGCUGGAUCCAAACCACUGCCUACUGAAAAUGCCCCGAGGAAUCAUCCGAGGUGACAUAUGUUUGAUUGUUUCGCUCGUGCUCUGACGCUUGGAGCGAAAAGCGCUCUUGUUUCUGGAGGGUUUGAGUGCCCUGCUGAUAAACUCUCAGCAGUCUGCUUUUCCUCACUAGACUGACUAGAUCUUUGCCAAGAUAAAGCCUCACAACAUGUGUUACGUAACAUGGUUCAAAAGACGCCGAGAUGAACGCUUCCUGGCUGGAUGAGUCCAACGCCUCUGUGACGGGUGUCAUAGAGUCCUGCGCCAUCUUGAGAAACCCCGGCACACGUGUCGCCCUCUACACCUUCUUCUUAGCUGGCAUCGUCUGCACAGUGGUGGGGAACUUCCUGGUGGUGCUCGCCAUAGCGUACUUCAAGCAGCUUCAGUCUCCCACCAACUGCUUUGUGAUGUCCCUGGCGGUGGCGGACUUCCUGGUGGGGCUGGUGGUGAUGCCCUACAGCAUGGUGCGGACGGUGGAGGGCUGUUGGCACUUCAGCGCCACCUUCUGCCAGCUGCACUCCAGCCUGGAUGUCAUGCUGUGCACCGCCUCCAUCUUUCACCUCAGCUGCAUCGCCUUCGACCGCUACUACGCCGUCUGCAACCCCCUGGUCUACUCCUUCAAGAUGUCCCGCGCCCGCGUGGCCCUGCUCAUCGUGGUGUGCUGGGCCGUCCCGCUGCUCAUCUCCUUCGGGCCCAUCCUCCUGGGCCUCCACAAGGCCGGGGUGGCCAUCCCACUGCCCGAGAACAUGUGCGUCUUCCUGGUGAACCGCAUCUAUGCUGUCAUGGCCUCCAUGGUGGCCUUCUAUCUCCCCAUGGCCAUCAUGUUGGUGGCCUACUGGAAGAUCUACAAGGCGGCCAAGCGCCAGGCCAUGCAGAUCAGCGCCAUGGAGUCCCAGAUGGCAGCGGGGGUGGGCAAAGACUCCAGUAAGAAGCAGCGGCACCGCAACUCCUUGAGGAGGGAGAGGAAGGCAGCAAAGACCCUGGGCAUCAUCAUGGGGGUCUUCCUGCUGUUCUGGCUGCCCUUUUUCACCGUCAACAUCGUGGACCCGUUCAUAGACUACAGCACUGCAGGGGUGGUCUGGGACGUGUUCCUGUGGCUGGGCUACGUGAACUCCUCCCUGAACCCAUUCCUCUAUGGGCUCUUCAACAGGUCCUUCCGCAGGGCCUUCUUCCUGAUCAUGGGCUGCAGGAUCUGCCUGCCUGGCUCCAAUCCCAGUAUGGAUCUCUCCCAUUCCAAAAGAGACGGGAAUGACAAUUAGUAGAUGCAGCCGCUAUCAGGGCAGCAUGGCUAUUCAGUUUUGUAUUCAGAGGAUGUGUUCUUGCUGGUCUUGCCGGUCUUGGUUACUUAGUCAGUUGUAACUGACUUACAGUUGUAAUCAUAGAAUGGUAAAGAUUUAGGUGUCAAGGUCAUGAAUAGCUUUUCUCUUCAGGCACAAAGGCAGUGUCCUGCGCAAAUGGAUUUACUUUACAAAUGACACAAGCGAUGUAAUAAUCACAAAUCCGUUGUUCAGAACAACUGUGGUUAUGAAAAUAAGCUGUCUCCCCAAACCUUCAAAUAGUCUGGUUUGAAGCGGUGCAAGAAACUAAGUGUGCAUAAAUAUUAUAAUUUGAUGGUGGAUUUCAUGUCUAAAUGUAAAUUCUUUCUUGCUACAUUUGUGUUUUGUUUUUUUUGUGUAAAUAAAUAAAAUGUCAUAACAUG